UUCAUGCGAAACCACCUCGGGAGUUAUGAGUGUAAGCUUUGCUUGACGCUGCACAAUAAUGAGGGGAACUACCUGGCGCAUACUCAGGGGAAGAGGCAUCAGACGAACCUCGCGAAGCGGGCGGCGAGGGAGGCGAAGGAUGCGCCGGCGCAGCCGCAGCCGCAUAAGCGGAAGGUUACGCUUAAAAAGAGCGUCAAGAUUGGCAGGCCUGGAUACAGAGUGACAAAGCAGUAUGAUCCAGAUACAAAGCAGCGCUCUCUUCUGUUUCAGAUUGAAUAUCCUGAAAUUGAAGACAACACUAAGCCCAGGCAUCGAUUCAUGUCAUCUUAUGAGCAGAGGGUUCAACCCUUCGAUAAGAGGUACCAAUACCUGCUAUUUGCUGCUGACCCCUAUGAGAUUAUUGCUUUCAAGGUCCCUAGCACUGAGAUUGACAAAUCCACACCAAAGUUCUUCUCUCAUUGGGAUCCUGACCUCAAAAUGUUCACGCUCCAACUCUAUUUCAAAACGAAGCCACCGGAAUCAGUCAAACCUCAGGGCACCGGUGCACCUCCACCACCUCCACCACUACAUAUUUUUAUAAUUUGA